GCGGCCCGCCCCUCCCACCCGCCUCGGCCCUGCAGGGGCUGGAUGGGCGAGUUGGGCUCGAUGGCUCGAGCCCGGGCGGCGGCGGCGGCCGGAGGCGGCGGCGCGUCCUGCUCCUCGCCGCGGCGCCGGCGGUGAUCGGAGCGAGCGCGGCCCCCGAUGAGACUGCUGGCGGGCUGGCUGCUCCUGAGCCUGGCGGCCGUGUGGCUGGCGCGGAGGAUGUGGACGCUGCGGAGCCCGCUCUCCCGCUCGCUGUACGGGAACAUGACGAGCGGCCCGGGCGGGCCGGCGGCGCCUGCGGGCGGCGGGAAGGAGAACCACCAGUGGUACGUGUGCAACAGAGAGAAAUUAUGUGAAUCACUCCAGGAUGUGUUUGUUCAGAGUUACCUCGACCAAGGAACACAGAUCUUCUUAAACAACAGCAUUGAGAAAUCGGGCUGGCUGUUCAUCCAGCUGUAUCACUCCUUUGUGUCAUCGGUCUUCAGCCUGUUCAUGUCCAGAACAUCUAUCAAUGGGUUGCUCGGAAGAGGUUCAAUGUUUGUGUUUUCCCCAGAUCAGUUUCAGAGACUGCUUAGAAUUAACCCAGACUGGAAAACCCAUAGACUUCUCGACUUAGGUGCUGGAGAUGGAGAAGUCACAAAAAUCAUGAGCCCGCAUUUUGAAGAAAUUUAUGCCACUGAGCUGUCUGAAACGAUGAUAUGGCAGCUUCAGAAGAAGAAAUACAGAGUGCUCGGUAUAAAUGAAUGGCAGAAUACAGGGUUCCAGUAUGAUGUCAUCAGCUGCUUGAAUUUGCUGGACCGCUGUGAUCAGCCCCUGACUUUGUUAAAAGAUAUCAGAAGUGUCUUGGAGCCAACUAGAGGCAGGGUCAUCCUUGCCCUGGUCUUGCCCUUCCAUCCCUAUGUGGAAAACGUAGGUGGCAAGUGGGACAAGCCAUCAGAAAUUUUGGAAAUCAAGGGACAGAACUGGGAAGAGCAAGUGAACAGUCUGCCUGAAGUUUUCGGGAAAGCGGGUUUUGUUAUCGAGGCUUUCACCAGACUGCCGUAUCUGUGCGAAGGGGACAUGUACAACGACUACUACGUCCUGGACGAUGCUGUCUUCGUUCUCAAACCCGUGUAACCCGGAGUCUGCAUUCUGCUUUAUGCCGGGGAGGAGUGGGGACUGUCGGGCUAAAGAUCAUGUAGGAAUUUAAAAAGCCAAAAUAUUAAUUAUUUCUUUGUAGUGUGUAAAAGGAAUGUCUUUUUAAAAAACAACCCAACUCUUUGGUGAUUUUAUCAGCUCUUUCUCAGUAUGCAGGUCUCACUCCAAUUACAGGAGAUAUUUUUUAUACUCAAUUGCAGUAGGGACUCCUUCCAAGGCCUAGCAAUAGUCGUGACUUCCCCCGGAAACAGCAAAUGUGGGUUGUUUCUGACGAAGUGAAGACUGGCGGUGAAGGUGUCCUUCAGUUACAAAUACUGGUUAUAAGGUAUAGCCACAGGCACUCUUUCCUGUUUAGACAUCUUUCUGUCCUUAUUCAAGAAAAUGUUUUAAUCAUGCUAAUAAACUCUUUUGGCGA